AUGGAGUCGGGAACGGAAGAAGCAGAACCUCACUGCUCCCUCCAGCACUGCACUGACCAGCCUUCUUUCCAACAACUCUCCUUUAAAGAAAGUGGCUCAGAGGAGGAGGAGAAACCAUCUGAAGAGAAACACAAGACUCUGUCUUUACAUUCCAGUGAGAACUGCACUCAGAGGCGAGGACCAGAACUUAAUCUGAAUGAGGAGGAGAAUUCCAAGGAAACUGAGCUUAACGCUGGAAACAGCAUUGACAGAUCAGAAUCUGAGUCCAGCUCAGAUGGGAGGAAGUCCAGGAAGAGGAAAAUCAGUUCCAAGGACAGUUGCCAAGAUGGAACAGGGAACUGUCUAGGAGAUGAGCACAGCUUGACUUCAGAAAAGAAACCAAAGGCCUCUGACCCUGUGAACUUCAGGAAAAUUGAGGAGACCUAUGACAUCCACAGUUGGGAAUUGCAGGGGGCCCACACUGGGCACAGCAAGAAGCGAAGAUUUGGGUCCCUAAGACACCACCCACCACCACUUCGGAAAAGCCUGGUGACCUUCCUGCGUGCUAUGUUGCAGACCUUAUAUGCCAUGGCCACCCAGGCGGCCUAUGUCUUCCCUGCUGAGGGCUGGCUCAUCCCAGCCCCAGAGCAUGGUCCUGGAGAUUCAUCCCCGGAUGGAAAAGCUCAGAGUUUCUCCUAG